GGUACUUGCGAAGUUGGAUAAAACAUCCGGCGGUUAAGUUUCUUGCAUUCCACUACACUAGAGUGUAAUUUGCCGCAAAAGAAUCUAAUUGGCUCGACGUGAUGACGUCACGGUCUAUUAUCUUCAGAAGUCCGGCGGCGCUUCUGGGGGCAAGUAGAAAAUAAAAAACACGAAGUACAGUAGCGUGGAAAAUGUACUGACGGAGUUGGACUUGGAAUGGCAGCAACUUGCGACUGGAAAAAGGAGGAAACAAAUUUAAAAUUAAAAAAUAAAAUAAAAUAAUUAUCUGAGGGCCCUCCAAACAGUGCACUCAUUCUUGUUCGCAUGAUUGCUGUUUCCUUUUUUGUAUUUCCAAAAUUGAAUUCAAUCUAGAGUUUUUUGCUCAUUAGUUUUAAUUUUAUUUCGUUUCGUGGGAGGAGGAGAUGGAGAAGUCAGUUGCUGAACAUCAGCGCAAUGAAGCAUCUUCUUCAGAUCCUCCGAAUCAUGCUCAGGGUGGUGAUGGUUUUGAGGUAUGCAUUGAUAUGGAGAAAAGCAUAGAAGCCUCUCAUCAGACUAAACGGCCGAAUCUCUCCUCUUUGCAAAUACCUUCAAGGUCUUUGGAAAGUUCUUUCUAUGAUUUUACGAGUGUAGAUAUUCCUUCUGACCCAAGUCCUAGUUCUACUAAAGCAGGGCUGCCUCCUAGACCACAUUCGGCUAAAAUCAGAUCCUCUGUUAGAAGUAUCGUUCCCCAAAGGAGCUUUAGGGCAAACAAUAUGUGCCAAAAAGGUGAGAAGAUGGUUCUAAUUGUUCCAGACACACCUCCAUCUGAUGGUUCUUGGGAGAAGCCUUCUACUUCAAGGUCAUUUUCUCUCAACAAAGUUUUGUUCCCUUCAACAAAGGCAGCACAUUCUUUACCAGUUACACCAAUUGCGUAUUCAGGUUCAAAGUCUAUACCGGAAAGACAUAUAGAUGCUCAAUCUCAUGUUUCUAAGUCAGUAGCUCAGCAGCUUAUGACACGCUCAUUAUCUGUACCAGUUCAUGUUAAACCUAGAAGUAUAAGGCGAGCAGACUCUGGGCGAGGUCUGGUCCGUGUAAUUUCAGCAACCUCUCAUCCUGUGCCAGUUGAGGGUGCCUUGCCAAAUGAUGUUCCUUCAACAGAAAUCACUAGUGAAGAUGUAGGUGAAGACAUUCCUGAAGAAGAAGCAGUAUGCAGGAUUUGUUUGGUCGAGCUUGGUGAAGGAGGUGAGACUCUGAAGAUGGAGUGUAGCUGUAAAGGAGAGCUUGCACUUGCUCACAAAGAGUGUGCAGUGAAGUGGUUUAGCAUCAAAGGAAACAAGACAUGUGAUGUCUGCAAGCAAGAUGUUCAGAAUCUGCCGGUAACAUUAUUAAAAAUGAAUGAUCCACGGAUUGUUACCAGACGACCUCCUACUGUGCCACAACAGGCUCAGGUUGGUCGUUUCAGGGUCUGGCGGGAUGUACCAGUUCUGGUCAUGGUCAGCAUAUUGGCUUACUUCUGUUUUCUGGAACAACUUCUUGUGUCUGACUUGGGUCCACGUGCUCUAGCCAUCUCAUUACCAUUUUCCUGUGCUUUAGGUCUUUUUUCCUCUACAAUUGCUUCAACAAUGGUGAGCAGGAGUUACAUAUGGGCCUAUUCUUCCUUCCAGUUUGCGAUGGUUAUCCUGUUCGCUCACAUCUUCUAUACAGUACUUGAGGUGAACGCGGUUCUUUCUGUCCUCCUUUCAUCGUUCACUGGGUUCGGUAUUGCAAUUAGUACAAAUUCUCUUCUGGUGGAAUACCUUAGAUGGAGAAGAAGAAGACAUACGCAAUCUCCCCAACAGCGUAUAAAUGGAACCCUGCAGCAGCGGCAGCACCGAGUACAACAGCCAGAAAACCAACCGGACAGUAACCAGCAACGGCAACCAUGAGACCAACAUCAGUCUAUUUGAUAGUCACAAUGUUAGACCCACUGGUAGUUCAAGGCGGUAACAAACCAUUAUGUUAAACCUCUUUAGUCUGUAAAGAUGUCUUAAAACUUUGGUUUUCCUUGAAGGUAAGAUAUUUUGACUAA